GUAGGGGGCGCUGGUCGCUAAAGACGAGAGACGGAAAGGCAGUGAAUCCGACAGAAAGAAGAUGGGAUGCUUGGAAGCUGUUGGUGGAAUCUGCUUCUCUUUAUUUAGAUCCUUUUCAAGCUAGCAUUUGCAAGUGCAGCGAAACGUAUCUAAUAAUACAAACUGGAUAAUUGCUGAGAAAAAUGAGCGCACGAGCCACAAGUACAGGUUACCCCAAAAGAAACUACUAGAACAUUUGCCAAUGUAAAAAGAACCCUCUACUAUUUGGGCCCAACUGCUGUGGAACAGGUGACCCUUGUAUAAGCGAAUAUGGCAUCUAUCCUAAUAAAAGAAGAACUACUUGAACACUGCUCUGAUGAAGAGACAGAAAAUCUUUCUGAAUACACACUUGUUUAUAUAAAGGAGGAGAAAAAGGAGUUAAAUGAGAUCUCCUAUGUGUGUACGGAGUGUGGGAAGAGUUUUACCAAACUGGAAAUGCUAACUAUUCACCAACAGGCUCAUAAUGGCGCAUCUCCACACAAGUGUGAGCAGUGUGGAGGAAACUUCAGUCAUUCCAGCAGCUUAAAAAAGCACCAAAAAAUUCACAUGAAACAGACUGCGCCACACAUGUGUAAUGAGUGUGGAAAAAGCUUCAGCCAGUUUUGGUAUUUGAAGGAGCACCAGAGAAUUCAUUCUGGUGAACCUGCCCAUCAGUGUAGCAUUUGCAAAAAAAGUUUUAGCCAGUCUGGAGACCUAAAGAAGCAUGAGCGUAUCCAUACAGGGGAGACCCCAUACCACUGCACAGAGUGUGACAAGAGCUUCAUGCAGUCUGGGGAUCUUACAAAACAUCAGCGUAUUCACACUGGUGAAACACCGUACCACUGCACAGUGUGUGGAAAGCGCUUUAAUCAAUCUGUACAUCUUCGAAAACACCAGCGUAUCCACACCGGUGAGACCCCCUAUCAUUGUACAGUUUGUGGGAAGAGGUUCAAAAGAGCUGACACAUAUAAAAUACACCAGAGGACUCACACUGGAGAAACUCCGUAUCACUGCACUGAGUGUGGAAAGAGUUUCAGUUAUUUAGGAGGCCUCAAAACGCACAAGAGGGUACAUACAGGUGAAACUCCUUAUUCCUGCAAUGUAUGCAGCAAGAGCUUCAGUCAGUCUGGGACCUUAAAGAAACAUCAGCGAAUUCACACAGGAGAGACCCCAUAUCACUGUGAAGAAUGUGGCAGAGGCUUCACACAGUCCGUACACUUGAAAUCCCACCAGCGAGUCCACACAGGCCUGAAGCCAAAGCAGCAGAAGGAGUAAGGUUAGAAAAUGGUGUGUAAAUAGAAUAAUGAAAUCAUAUCGGUCUGAGCCGGAAAUAUCAGUGGAAUAUUACAGUUGUGAAAUGUCUGCUUAAAUGUAGCCAAGUCAAGAAACAAAUGUAUUAUCGGGGGUUAGAGGACUUGUUUAAUAAAAAUGUUGCUUUUGUUGUUAAAUUGUUCGUGUCCAACACCAAAAUAAAUCUGUGUUACUGAAGAGUUGUGUACCUCUUUGAACAAAAUACUUUGUGUUAUGGAACAGCAGAAUGGGGAUCAAGAAAAGGGAGUGGAGCACAGUUAGUAUCAACUUGGUAAAGCAACAGUACAUCUUAUCAACCUGCCUUCAGAAUUGUAGAAAGAUGGGGAACA